UACAAGGUUCCUGACGCUGAGAACAAGGUUCCUAACGCUGAGGACAACGUACCUCACGAUGAGUACAAGGUUCCUGACGCUGAGGACAAGGUACCUCACGCUGAGGACAAGGUUCCUGACGCUGAGGAAAAGGUUCCUUACGCUGAGGACAAGGUUCCUGACGCUGAGGACAAGGUUCCUGACGCUGAGGACAAGGUUCCUAACGCUGAGGACAAGAUUUCUAACGCUGAGGACAAGGUUCCUGACGCUGAAGACAAGGUUCCUGACGCUGAGGACAAGGUUCCUGACGCUGAGGACAAGGUUCCGCGCGCUGAGGACAAGGUUCCUGGCGCUGACGACAAGGUUCCUCGCGCUGAGGACAAGGUCCUUACGCUGAGGACAAGGUUCCUGACGCUGAGGACUAGGUUCUUGACGCUGAGGACAAGGUUCCUCACGCUGAGGACAAGGUUCCUCGUGCUGAGGACAAGGUUCCUGACGCUGAGGACAAGGUUCCUGAUGCUGAGGACAAGGUUCCGCGGGCUGAAGACAAGGUUCCUGACGCUGAGGACAAGGUUCCUCGCGCUGAGGACAAGGUUCCUCGCGCUGAGGACAAGGUUCCUCGCGCUGAGUACAAGGUUCCUCGCGCUGAGGACAAGGUCCUUACGCUGAGGACAAGGUUUCUGACGCUGAGGACAAGGUUCCGGACGCUGAGGACAAGGUUCCUGGUGCUGAAGACAAGGUUCCUGACGCUGAGGACAAGGUACCGCGCGCUGAGGACAAGGUUCCUGACGCUAAGGACAAGGUUCCUCGCGCUGAGGACAAGGUUCCUCGCGCUGAGCACAAGGUUCCUUACGCUCAGGACAAGGUUCCUGACCCUGAGGAAAAGGUUCCUGACGCUGAGGACAAGGUUCCUGACGCUGAGGACAAGGUUCCUGACGCUGAGGACAACGAUCCUCGUGCUGAGGACAAGGUUCCUGACGCUGAGGACAAGGUUCCUGACGCUGAGGACAAGGUUUCGCGCGCUGAGGACAAGGUUCCUGGCGCUGACGACAAGGUUCCUCGCGCUGAGGUCAAGGUCCUUACGCUGAGGACAAGGUUCCUGACGCUGAGGACUAGGUUCUUGACGCUGAGGACAAGGUUCCUCACGCUGAGGACAAGGUUCCUCACGCUGAGGACAAGGUUCCUCACGCUGAGGACAAGGUUCCGCGCGCUGAGGACAAGGUUCCGCGCGCUGAGGACAAGGUUCCUGACGCUGAGGACAAGGUUCCUCGCGCUGAGGACAAGGUUCCUCGCGCUGAGGACAAGGUUCCUCGCGCUGAGUACAAGGUUCCUCGCGCUGAGGACAAGGUCCUUACGCUGAGGACAAGGUUUCUGACGCUGAGGACAAGGUUCCGGACGCUGAGGACAAGGUUCCUGGUGCUGAAGACAAGGUUCCUGACGCUGAGGACAAGGUACCGCGCGCUGAGGACAAGGUUCCUGACGCUAAGGACAAGGUUCCUCGCGCUGAGGACAAGGUUCCUCGCGCUGAGGACAAGGUUCCUUACGCUCAGGACAAGGUUCCUGACCCUGAGGAAAAGGUUCCUGACGCUGAGGACAAGGUUCCUGACGCUGGGGACAAGGUUCCUGACGCUGAGGACAAGGAUCCUCGUGCUGAGGGCAAGGUUCCUGACGCUGAGGACAAGGUUCCUGACGCUGAGGACAAGGUUCCGCGCGCUGAGGACAAGGUUCCUGGCGCUGACGACAAGGUUCCUCGCGCUGAGGACAAGGUCCUUACGCUGAGGACAAGGUUCCUGACGCUGAGGACUAGGUUCUUGACGCUGAGGACAAGGUUCCUCACGCUGAGGACAAGGUUCCUCGUGCUGAGGACAAGGUUCCUGACGCUGAGGACAAGGUUCCUCGCGCUGAGGACAAGGUUCCUCGCGCUGAGGACAAGGUUCCUCGCGCUGAGGACAAGGUUCCUUACGCUCAGGACAAGGUUCCUGACCCUGAGGAAAAGGUUCCUGACGCUGAGGACAAGGUUCCUGACGCUGAGGACAAGGUUCCUGACGCUGAGGACAAGGUUCCUCGUGCAGAGGACAAGGUUCCUGACGCUGAGGGCAAGGUUCCUGACGCUGAGGACAAGGUUCCGCGCGCUGAGGACAAGGUUCCUGACGCUGAGGACAAGGUUCCUCGCGCUGAGGACAAGGCGUUACGCUGA